CAAAUACAAUGAACUACAGAAAGGCACUCCUAAUGCUUAUCAAACACGUCCUGAUGCUAUUUGCCCUGUGAUCUGUUGCCUGAGCUCCACCCUCACGGCUUCUUCUCAAUGAAGUACCACUCUAAGUUGUCGAAGACACUAGAGGGGAGGCACAGGUCACCAAGGAAUGUACCAGGUGAUCGAGGGCAUCAUCUCACCUGUCAAUGACAGCUAUGGGAAGAAAGACCUGGUGGCUUCCCAUCACCGAGUAGCCAUGGCCCGGCUGGCCCUGCAGACCUCUGACUGGAUUCGGGUGGACUCCUGGGAGAGUGAGCAGCCACAGUGGUUGGAAACGGUCAAGGUGCUGAGGCACCAUCACGGUGAGCUGCUCAAAUCCUCAGCCUCGACGGAAGGUCCAGACCCCAGCAAAACCCCGUCAGCCUCUGCAGCACUGCCCGAGCUGAAACUCCUCUGUGGAGCAGAUGUCCUGAAGACCUUCCAGACACCCAACCUCUGGAAAGACGAGCACAUCCAGGAGAUCGUGGAGACUUUCGGCUUGGUGUGUGUGAGCCGGGGCGGUCAUGACCCGAAAGGGUACAUCUUGGACUCGCCUAUCCUCCGACAAUUCCAGCACAACAUCCACCUGGCCAGGGAACCCAUUCAGAAUGAGAUCAGUGCCACGUACAUCAGGAAAGCCUUGGGCCAAGGGCUGAGUGUGAAGUACCUCCUCCCUGACGCUGUCAUCAACUACAUCAGGGACCAUAGCCUCUACAUCAGUGACAGUUCCUGGAAAGGAAAAGAAAAGAGUAGCUAGAAGGCCUCCGAGAGUGGGCAGUUCAGGGCUUUGUUUUGUUUUGGGGUCUGUGUUUCCCUUUCUGUUUGUUUUGUUUCUGUGGUGGCAAUGCCAUUGGUGACUUCCUUCCCCAACAGACUGUUCCUAUGACUGGGAUAGUUGUGUAUCAGAGCAAUUUAAAUGGCGUGGCAGGUCAUCCGAUUAGACAAAACCUCUCAGAGCCACUGAUGAGAAGACCUGUUUACUUUGUGUAAAUGGUAAUUAUAGAAUGUACACUGAUGUUAUUCUGAACAUAGCAGGCCCCUGAGGGGUCAGAUCAUAGUUGCCCUCAUGCAUUUUUUUUUUUUAAACUCAGACCAGGUGCAGUAUGCUGGUCUUGAUUGGAAGGAUUUGACAGGGUGCUAAUUACUGAACAGGGGCCUUUGCAACGUCCUUGUUUCAAACAGAAUAAUACCAUGUGAGGAUUCAGAAAUCUGGAAACAGUACAUCAUGAUUUCCAGUGUAUUCUCCCUUACAAACAAUUGCCUGCCUGCCUGCCUAUGUUAUAGCAUAAAAAAAUUUUGACCACACUCUUUCUAUGUUGUAGUCAAGAAAUAUGUGUAAG